AUGUCUCUUCCCGACUCUCUUUCACAUGACGCUCAUGAACACCCACUUUACUUGAACUCUCCUCCAAGAGAGGACCGGUGCAAGGGGUUGCAUUGCAUCAAAUGUGAGUUCCAUUUGUGUGUUCCAUGUGCUAAACUACCUCCUACGACUAGGUACAAGUACAGCGAUAAUCCUAUCAAGCUCGCGUACCGUGCCGUUAAAAACGGGCUAGGUGAGUAUUACUGUGAAAUAUGCGAAGGAGAACGAGAUCCUACUCAUCGGUUCUAUAGCUCUGCGGAUGGUGACUUUGAAUGCAAUCCUCAUUGCAUUUUGGGGAGGUAUCCGCAAGUUAAGUUAGGUAGCAGUUACAAGCAUGACGCUCAUGAACACCUUGGCACUCUUGUUGAUAAGAGAAAGAGUGUCAUUCCUUUUGAUAAAGAGAGAAUAUUCUUCCUUGCGAAUGAUCGGUGUCUGAAUGUUUUGAGUGUAAUGUAA